AUGUUUGAUUACGAACAAUACGAAGGAGAAGAUGUAGGAGGAAGAAAUGCCCAGGAAGAUUUCCGCAUCAACUGCUUCAACAUGAUAGUGGAUACAGCAAUUGCGUCUCUUCAAAGAAGAUUUGAACAAUUAAGGAAUCAUAAUCAAAUUUUUGGAUUUAUCUGCAACUUCAAGGAGUUGCCAAAGUCGGUGCUGAAAUCAUGUGGGAAGAAUUUGGAAGAUGUGUUAACACAUGGAGAAACCCGAGAUGUCGAUGGAUACAUGCUUGCCGAGGAAAUGGACGUAUUGAAGUUAAACAUGGAAAGAAGAGAUCCCUUUGCGGAAGAGGAUGAUGAUGAUGAAGAAGAACAAGAAGAAAGACGGCUACGCAGAAAUGCGCAAGCACGCGACUACUAUCAUCGGGACCGCCCCUACUCCAGGAGAACCGGAAGGAGGGUACCGGAUGCAGCAGGCGGGGAGGGGGUAUCUGGGGCCGCGCAAGUCGCCCCCCAAGCAAACCCGGUAGCUAACCCGGUAGCUAACCCGGUAGCUAACCCGGUAGCUAACCCGGUAGCCCCCCAGAUAGUGAAUGCCCCCCGCCAAGCUGUCCAAGAAGGCGUAGAACAAGAUCAGCUGGAGAAUGAACCCGCAAUACCACCCAUGAGAAAUGGACUGAUUUAUAUACAUAUGUUACUCUCUGAGCUUGAGGAAGACGAGGCCGAUGACCUAGAACUUGAAAUUGUAGACUAUGCAGUAAGGAUCAUUAGGGCACGGGGGAGGAGGGGUUUUUGGGGAAGUUGUGUUAUUGCUUAA